GAUUCUGAUUGUAAUGAACCUUUGUUAGAUAAAGCUGUACUCCGAGCGACUUCUUCUUUACCUGAUAGGGGUCCAGAAAAUGCACGUCUUAAUGGUGUUAUAAGGUGCUAUUUAAGCUGUUAAAUUUGAGUAUGAAACUAUAGUUUAUAUGUACAUCAUUAUUAAGAAAAUAUUGCAGUCUUCAAUGUCUUCACCAAACAGGGUUCGUUGGGUAUUUGACUGUGAAAAUUGGUUUCCAUCUAAAAAUGAAUGGUCCCAUGCAUUUCGUUCUAUUCAAUCUGAAGAAAAAGAAAGAAUUGGUCGAUUUGUAUUCAAACGAGAUGCCAAAAGUUCUAUCAUAGGGCAAUUAAUGAUAAUGAAGUAUUUAUCUGAAACUGCUUGUGUUCCUUGGUCUAAUAUUAAAAUUAAACGAGAUACAAACAAUAAACCUUUUAUAGAAGAUUGUAAUUUGAAUUUCAAUGUAUCCCAUGAUGAAAGUUUAGUAGUAUUUGCAGGUGAGAAAAAUACUAGUGUUGGGGUUGAUAUUAUGAGAAACCAUUAUAAAGGAGGAAAAAGUUUAAGUGAAUUUUUUAGAUUGAUGCACAGAAAUUUUAGUUUGAAAGAAUGGGAUUAUAUUAAUAAUGGUACUGAAAAACAAAAAAUAAAUACAUUCUAUAGAUUUUGGUGUUUGAAAGAAAGUUAUGUAAAAGCAAUUGGUACUGGAUUAACCAUUAAUCUCAGAAAUGUGUGUUUUGUGCCUAAACAAGAUUUGAAAAAAAAUGAUUUUGUAACGGACACAGAAUUAUAUGUAAAUAAUGAAGUAAUGCAUAAUUGGGUUUUUCAUGAAUAUUUGUAUCAUGAUUAUACUAUUACAGUAUGUCUUAAUAGGAAUAUUCAUCCAAUUGAAUUUAAAAUGUUGAGUUUCAAUGAAUUAAUAUAUAAUGCUGAAUAUAUUACUGAAGAUGAUGAAAAUUACUGUAACAUAUUCAUGGCGAAGGAAAAUCAACCAAAAUAAAAUUAUUAAUUUGA